AUGUCCGGAGAGCAUCAUGGCAAACCCACCGCCGUGCCGUCGUUUGCAUCCUUCAAGAAGCAGGAGCCGUUGAAAACCCCAUCAGGAGCAGAAAAACGCAAAUCAGCGACAGAGUCUGCCAGGGAGCCUGAUGGCUUUGAUGAUCAUGGGAGGAGGUCCAGAUCCAAAAGGCAUCACAACGACAGGCAGCACCAGUCAAGUUCCAGCCAUAGAAAGCAUUCGGAGCCUGUCACCUUACGGCAUCGUGAGCACGCCAAAGACAGCUUCGGAAGUCCGCUGAAACCCGCUGAUGAGCUUUCACGCAGUCACACCACUGUCUCUGCGCUCGCCACUGAGCAACAGGAUAAAUAUUUCGACCAAUUGUACGUCAUCGACAGGCGAGGCGAUCCACUGAUCCUGAGAUAUGGAUCAAAUGACCGCUCCAAGGUCCCUGUGUACCGCAGAGGAGGCCGCGGUCGUGUACUCGGUCAGGCCGUUGGGUUCCUCGAGACUGAUCGAGUAGGGUCUAAGGAGGUGUUUGUCAUCCGCUCUGCCCGGGAGCGCGGUUCCCUUUUCCGGGAGAAGAAUGUUCUGCAGCUCAAAUCCGGUAACGGUCUAGAAAAGAACUUCAUACCAAGGUCCCAAGAUCGAUCGGUUGCGCCAGUGGCGCCCGAGGAGAUAGACUUCUUGCCAAUUACAAAUCCAAACAAGAGGAAGCGUGGGCAAGACGAUGAAGAUCGCCAUGACGGACGUUUUGGCCCCAACGGUAGUCCUUUAAGGAUGAGUGGACUGCAGCCGUCCGAACAGGGUGCUUCUGACAAUGAGACGACGUCUGAUGAAGAUCAGAUGCUUGAUGUCGAUGAUGAUGACGAUAACGACCAGACAGAGGGCCAAGAGCAGCUGCAGGACACCAAAAAACGUCUCAUUGAGCUAUCGCGACGGGUCAAGGAACACCCAGAGGACGUCGACGCCUGGCUUGCUCUCAUUAAACUUCAGGAAACGAGACUGCAUUUUGACGCGAACGAGGCCGAAAACGAAACAUUCUCCAGGGGUGUGGCUGAAGUUAAGUUGUCCAUGUUUGACUCUGCUUUGAAGCAUUCACAGUCUGAAGUAGAUCGUGAGAGGCUUCUCCUCGGAGUCAUGCGAGAAGGCAGGCACAUUUGGACCCCUAAAGUGCUGACCAAGCGUUGGGAAUUAAUUUGCAAGGAGCACCCACGCAGUUUUCUGCUGUGGAGGGCAUACCUUGACCAUCUGAUGACCGAUGUUGCCUCUUUUGGCGUUGAUGAGAUCAGGGGAUUCUUCCAAAGACGACUGGAUUUUCUCAGAGCUGAAAUGUAUCUCGCGGCGUCGAAAGCGUCCGCCACUCAGGAGUUAGUAAACCUGUGUGAGCAGUCAUUAUACGUGUUUCUUCGAGUAACCAGGUACCUACAAGACAGCGGAUUCUUUGAGACGGCUGUCGCGCUAUGGCAGGCAAUAUUGGAACUCACUUUCUGCCGUCCAAGCGAGCUUGUCGACUCUUCAGCAGAAUCAUGUCUAUUGGCUUUUCGGGAUUUCUGGGAGAGCGAGGUCCCCCGCUUUGGGGAGCAAGACCAUCAAGGAUGGAAUGCGUUCGCCAGCAGCGAUCAGGACGUGCCUGAUCCUCGGAUGUUAGCGCCCCCAGAGCCCCCCAAAUCUAGAGAUGUGUACAAGGCGUGGGCUUCCUCGGAACGCCAAAGAUGCCUCGAUAUCAGCAUGCCUGCUCGUGCGGUAGACCAGGAUGCCGUUGAAGACCCCCUCAGGGUGGUUAUGUAUUCGGACAUCGAGAGUUUUCUCUUUGUCAUACCCUCUUCGAUAGUCCCACACGUCAGGGCGCAGGUGGCUGAGGCGCUAUCUCAGUUUUGCCGCCUGUCCUCCACCUCUGAUCCUCACGGUCUUAUACAAGCCGCCAGGGACGACCAGUUCAUUUGUGGAUCGCAUGUCCAUCUCCAGGCUGCAGUUGAUCUCAGAGCGAGCGAGCAGACAAGCGUAACACUUGUCCAAGACCACGGGCCGAAGAAAGCACCCCAGUUCCUCCACGACGAAGCUCGUAUGGCAUUUUCCACAGAUCUCUUAGUAGCGAGUUCAGAUUGGUUUUCCUACGGAACGACGACGGCAGUGCCAGAUAUCCCAAGAGAUUUCCACGAUUGGACAUCCAACACCAUCCAGGAGCUUGCCCUCAAGCACAAAGUCGAAGAACUGGGAGAACUCCAUCUUUCUCUGCAAUGGUCCCAAAAGCCUCAAAACGCAAAGAAGACAGCAAAGGGCUUGCUCAAGCUAUACCCCACAAACACCGAGCUCUACAAAGCAUACGCAUAUUGUGAAUACUGCAACGGCAAUCUUGACCUAGCAGAGAGCGUGCUGCUAUCGGCUGCCAGUCAAAAACUAAGCACUGUCCCGGGCGAGACGCAAUCGCUAUGGAACGCCCUGGUGUGGGUGAAAUUACAGAGAACCAAUCUCCAGAAUGCCGCGGUAACCCUGUGCUCGUCAGCAGGAGACAGCCCCGGCACGAUCAUGCCUACAGAUCAUUUGCCCCAACUAACGCCAACGCAGAUUCUCAAGGGACGGCAGAGUUUCCAGACCGCAAGAGACUACCAACUGUCGUCCGGCAAUGUGGUCGGGGCCGUGGCAUUUGCUGAGGCAUCAGUUUUGCUAGCAUAUCUGACGACAAAGGAUGGCGAGGAAACAUACUCGGCAAAACAAGGCAAUUUGUUAUCUGCAGUCGCAAGCGUGAUGUCCUUUUCGAAUGAGCUCUGCGCUCGAAGCAAUGUGUCACAGUCCUCGAGCCAUGAAAGAUUCUUACAAUUCGCGUCGAAGCUUCUAUACUUUCACGCCAAAAAUGGAUCUUUCAGACCUGCGUUCCUACGGGAAACCUUCUCGCACUUUGUCAAGUUAUUUCCGCGGAACACCAUGUUUCUAUCCCUCUUUGCGUGGGCUGAGUCAAGCCUCCGCCUGGACGAUCCUGUGCGUAGACUGCUGCAGAGAAGCAUCCUAGUCGAGCAGACCGACACGAUAUCGGCCCGCAUCUUUGCCAUCCGCCACGAGAUACGCGUUGGAAACGCCUACUCUGCGCGGGCGGCGUUUGAGCAGGCCCUGGCGACCGACAGGUUCGCAGGUGACCCGCACCUGUGGAUAGCUUACGUGCGGUUCUGCUGCAGUCAAAGGGAGCUGCGGAGCAAGGCCAAGGGCGUCUUUUACCGAGCCAUGGCCGCCUGUCCCUGGUCCAAGGAGGUCAUUAUGGAAGGGUUCGGUGAUGGUCUGAUUCGCGACAUGGCUUCGGACGAACUGCGGGCACUGUACACGACAAUGUCGGCUAGGGGUCUGAGGAUCCAUGUUGACAUGGACGAGUUUGUGGAGGAGUGGCGGAAACGGAAACAUAGUGGUAGGUAG